AUGGAUUGCGUUUGGUCGAGAUGAUAAGAAGCAGGAAAAAUGGGCGUCGUCGUCAGAGAGCCAACGGCAGCGCGCCAAGGUCGAAGAAGAGAAGGCAGCAGAAUGGCGUCAGUGUGCCUUCCCACCGCCGGUUCCUCUAUCUCGCACUCGCGCCUCUCCCACAGCUCGGCCCCGAAACCUCGCCCCCAAUUCCGACUCCGAGUCCAAUGUGCAGCAACUGAAGAGCCAACAGUAGUUACCAAUGAUUUUGAGUCUGACUCCUUGGGAAGAAUGAAAAAUCUUGCUUGUGGACUGCUUGCCGCCUUUGCAAUAACUACUUGUUCUCCUGUUAUUGCAGCGAGUCAGAGGCUACCUCCUUUAUCGACUGAGCCAGAUCGUUGUGAACGUGCAUUUGUUGGAAACACAAUAGGCCAAGCAAAUGGCGUAUAUGACAAGCCGCUGGACCUUCGUUUUUGCGACUAUGAAAAUGACAAAUCACACCUCAAAGGGAAAACACUUUCAGCUGCUCUCAUGUCGGGCGCUAAGUUUGAUGGUGCCGACAUGACUGAAGUCGUGAUGUCUAAAGCAUAUGCUGUUGGUGCAAGCUUCAAAGGUGUUGAUUUUUCAAAUGCGGUGCUCGAUCGGGUUAACUUUGGAAAGGCAAAUCUUCAGGGUGCAAUUUUUAAGAACACUGUGUUAUCAGGUUCUACUUUUGAUGAUGCUCAACUAGAAGAUGCUGUGUUUGAAGACACCAUAAUCGGGUACAUCGAUCUCCAAAAGCUUUGCACAAACACGACAUUAGGAUCGGACAGGAGAGCUGAGUUAGGAUGCAAGUGAUGUGAUAUAUAUAUAUAUGUCUAUGUUCAUAUUCAUCUAUCUUUUUCCUCGUCGGAUACCUUCUAUCAAGGUUGAGCUGGAAACACAAGGAGAAAGAGCAAAAUACUUUAGGAUAAUUUCUCCAUUGUAGAAAUGCUUAAAGGAAAAUGUAUGUUCACUGUGUGUUUUCUUA